AUGUUGUUUCGAAAUAGUUCAAGCUCAGAAUCUUUUGAAGAAGAUCAAAACCAAGAAAUUGAUCAAAUGAUUGACGAAAUCGUCACUCAUCAUUUACCAAACACAUUUUCCCCUCGAGGUCCUAGACGUCAAACUGUGAAUGAUGUGUAUUUAGAGAAGCAGUUUCGUCGAAGGUUUCGAAUGAGAAGACCAUUAUUUUGUGGAAUCAUGAACAAAGUGGUUGAAAACGAUACUUUCAUGCAGCAGAGAGGAAAUGCUGCUGGCAAGCUAGGGUUAUCAGGGUUGCAAAAAUGCACUGCAACUAUCAGAAUACUUGCGUAUGAGGAGUACCUAAGAAGUCCUACAGAUGAAGACUUAAGAAGGAUCCUUUAUCAAAAUGAAAUGCGCGGAUUUCCUGGCAUGAUCGAAAGUAUUGAUUGUAUGCACUGGGAGUGGAAGAACUGCCCUAACGCCUGGAAAGGUCAAUACCAGUGGCGUAGCGGGAAUGCUAGCCUCAUUCUUGAAGCUGUUGCGGAUCAAGAUCUAUGGAUUUGGCAUUCAUUUUUUGGUAUCCUUGGUUCAUGCAGUGACCUUAAUGUUCUUUAUCGUUCACUUGUGUUUGAUGAUGCUUUGCAAGGAUUUACUCGUCCUCAACUUCAAAAGCAUAAGCUAUUUGCUGAUAGACAAGCACAUGUUCGGAAGGAUGUUGAACGUGCGUUUGGAGUUUUACAAGCGAGGUUUUCCAUUAUACGACAACCUUCUCUUGCUUACGAUGAAGAUAUAUUAUCUGACACAAUGAAGGCUUGUCUCAUCAUGCACAACAUUAUAGUUGAGGAUGAACGAGACAUGUAUAUCCGAGCUGAUGUGUUAAGAAGGUACUAUGAACAAGACCUUUCGAGCUCCAGCGCAACGGUGAAUAAUGGUGAACCUUUCGAGUUCCAAGCUGGUCGUCCAGUCAACAUUAACGAUUACUUGGGGAGAAGAGUAACAAUGCGUAACAGUCAAACUCACCAGUCUCUGAAAGAUGAUUUAAUCGAACAUAAUUGGAAAAAAUAUGGACCCAAUAAUCAUUAA